UGACCGUCACUUGAACUUCACCGCCUCCUGCUUUGCUGACUUUUGAGCUCGACGAGAUUGGAAGAAAAUCUUUUCUGCUAGACUUGUUCAUACACACUGGCAUCACUGCAGGGUCACAGACAUACAGUGAAGUAUCAGAAUAGCCAAACAAACUGGAUGUUACAUGUAUGUGAAAUGAGGAUGCCAGCGACGGUACAGUCUGGAGCUCCGCCCUCGAUGGGCGCGCUUUGAACUACCGCUACAUUGCGUUUCAAGCAGAAUCAUUCGUCCAGUUCCCCGUGCGUACCAGGGUUGGAGGUUGCCGACUCCUGAACGACCAGUGCACGGUGUGAUUAUCGGAGUGUUAUCGGCUAGUCGUUACCAUGAUGAGAUCGAAGAGAACAUUGCCGGUGAAGGAGCGCUUUGACGUUGCCUAUCACUUCCUGAAGGACUUCUCCCAAGCUUGCAAGGGUGUGCACACCUACGUCAAGAAACGAGCAGCCAUAGAGAAAGAUUAUGCCCGAAGUCUAUUGAGACUGACUCAAUCCACAAUGGACAUAGAUCCCGACACUCAUAAAGGUGCAUCGUUCAAAAGUGCACUUGAUCUGGCGUGGCAGACUGUGCUGAUUUCCACUAAGGAGUGUGCUGAAAUGAAGCUGUCAGCCGCUGCCAGUCUGGAGCAGAGCAUAAUGGCCCCGCUGACAUCCGUCUUCGAUGGUGAACUGUACAAGACGAGGAAAGAGAUAUCAGAGCAAGGAAGGCAGAGUACGCGGAAUGUUGAAGACACUUCUCAGCGACUACUGAAAGCGCAGUUGGUGUUUGCCAGUUGCUCUCAGGAAUGGCAAGCUUGUCUGCUACAAAUACAUCGUGAGGGCAGUAGCACUGACAAGUUGAAGUCAACUCACAACCAGAAGCUUCGCGACAAGGAAUCGGCACUCGGCAAGAAGUGUGAAGAGGCUAAGCUGGCGUAUAUGUCUGCACUUCGCCGUGCCAACAACGUCCAGCACCUGCAUCACUUUGACGAGUGGCCUGUGGUGCUGACCCACUUCAGUCAGGCCUGCACUGACACUGUGUCGGUAGCACGACAGUGCCUUGUUCGCCUGCUGGAGGAAGUCAAGAUGUUACAGCAGUCUAUUGGCGAACCUGAAAAGCUGCUGGCUAUAGCACCCACAGUGAAGGCAUUGCAUACCCUGGACCUCAAGUCCUACACGGAUGACUUCAUACUGAGUCACAUGAAUACAGGCAAGAUGGAACUUCCUCGUUUUUAUGCGUUUGAGGAUGUAGUCAUGGAUGAGGCUGCAGCAGAGGUGUUCUCUCAAAAGUGCCGACAGGAAUGCCGGGAAAUAUUCAUUCCUAGCAGAUUGGAAAAUCUUACCAGGCAGGAGAUCGACAGGGGUGUCUACUUUGUGGGUUCACAGCACUUUACGGAGGCUCCUGAACACGAUAAAGACAAGAUCAGAACUGUGAUCAUGGCAAGUACGGACAUGGUUCCAUCACACAAGGCCCGCACGAAUGUCUCGCACAUGCUGGCUUUACGCAAGGCAAUUAUGCGGAGCAGAGGACCGCAAGAAGCUAGCGCUGGUGUAUCAGAAGGGCCAGUUGAUUUGGCACCUCAGCCGGUCAUAUCACUGGUACGUGGCAAGAUACCAAAGGAUAUGCCAUGUGCCCCGCAGCCCGAAGCUCUACCUUUGACUCUUUCAGCAUCAGCGAUACCAACACGUCACCCUAAAGGAAGCACAGCGCCCCAGCGACCGGCAAAGCCUUCAGCGUUGUCCGAUGAACAACGCCUUGGCUCUAUUGACGGUGCGACAAAGGGAAAUGGCCGGCAGUACGAGCCUGCCGAGUACACUGCUCCAGAGCCGCUCAAGAACAAUCUCCCGUCUUCAGCGGAGGUAAAGAAGCCUACAAAGAGCCCGCAGCCGAUCGAUAACAUUUCACCGUACGCCUGGGUUGAGAAGAGUACUUUGGAUGGCGAGAUGAUCAUACGCCCACCGAUACCUGAGCGCCCUGCCAGGCCUGCGAUGCCGGACAAGCUGGUACAGAGAAUUGAAGCGGAAUCCAAGCUGCAUGCUACCUUUCCCAGGCAGUCAGCAUCCAAAGCGUCCCCACAGCGACCUGCACGGGUACCUCGACGCUCUGCUCCAUCUGUUCCAGCCGGCAGUGGUGGCAGUCAUAGUGAAUCCUCGGACCAAUCCAGUGCUGACACAGACACAGUACCCCCAGGCAGACAGGUUUCCUCACCACCCGCCCGGAGUACAGGUGCACCAACCUCACUCGGCAUUCAAGCUAGGUCCUUGGGUACUGGUACUCUUGAAACGACUGGCUCAGACCCGCAGUCAACGCCGAACAGGAAUCAAAGCGCCCGAGCAGCAACUCAUUUCCCACCACCUCCCCAAAGCCCUGCGCCAGUCCCACCUCGACCAGUGCUCAGAGCCAAGAGUCAGGACACAUCUGCAGACCGGCCUAGCCCCGACAGUCGUCGAAGUCUACCACCCGAGCCACCCCGUCUCUCACCUGCACAGUCCAGCAAGCAAGCGGCAAUGGUGUAUAGACACACUCAUAAGCAGUACAGCAGUGAUGACGAGAACGCCAAGUCUGAGCACCAACCCAGUAUCCAAGGCGAUGAUGCUGCAUGCUUGGGGCGACCGUCAUCGCCGGCAUACGUAGACGUGAUUCGUCCACAAACAGUGCCGAGAGAAGCAAACACUGCCAAUCGAAAUAGGCUGUCAAAGGCUUCGAGUGCCGACUCGGACGUGUGUGCCCCGCCACUUCCUGGGGAGGAACAGUCCGAGUAUGCGCUGCCGGUGAGUCCCGUUUCUAUGACGCCGGCGGCGGAACGCUCUUUGUCUCUACAAGACCAAGGCGAUGAGUAUGUGGUGGCAUUGCCGUUUGUCACUCAGCUCUGUGUCCAGUACCUGCACUCGGAGCGAGCACUGUACACCGAGGGCCUAUUUCGAGUACCUGGUAAUACUGGCCAUGUCCGUGAGCUCAAAGCAGUGCUCAACACGCACGACAUGGUGAAGAGCUCCUGGAGUAGCGAUCGCUUACUAGCUACGUUCCUGAAAGAGGAAAUCAGGAAUGAAAGAGACCCGAACACCAUUGCUGGUCUCCUCAAGUCCUAUCUCAUGGAAAGUAACUACGUUGAUGAAAAGAAGUGUCAGCUCUUGGUCCAUGCAAUCAGCGGACUCGCCCAGAGCCAGUCAAUAAGGUCCGGAGAGCUUGUAGCAUCGGCCAUUGGCAAGCAUGAUCUAGCAACUGAGAAAGCAAACCAAACAGCUGUAACGACAGUCCGAGGAAUUAUUAAUGAUGAGCUGCAACCAGUGUCACAAAGUAUUCUGGCAGCUGUUUGUCACCUCCUAUCCAUGGUUGCCAAGGAAAGCCAUCGCAAUCACAUGACCAGUCACUCGUUGGCAAUGUGCUGUGGCAUAAGUGUGUUUCCGGCCAUGCGUGUUGGACAUGUUGCAGCCGUUCUGCAGUUCCUGAUCAACAAUGCACCGGCUGUCUUCCUUCGCUAGCUGCGACGAGACACACUUGCUAUGCCGGAAUGGCCUUGGUGUGUGAAAUGCUGAGCAUCAUGCAUCAGCCGAUGUCAAGCGCAUGGAUAUGCAAUAUGCAUAAUACUUUUAAACAUGUUUAGAAAUUGUGCUUGGCUUGAACUAUGGAUGAUAUUAAUUGUUUUUUAAUGUUUAGAAAUUGUGCUUGGCUUGAACUAUGGAUGAUAUUAAUUGUUUUUUAAUGUUUAGAAAUUGUGCUUGGCUUGAACUAUGGAUGAUAUUGUUUUUUAAUGUUUAGAAAUUGUGCUUGGCUUGAACUAUGGAUGAUAUUAAUUGUUUUUUAAUGUUUAGAAAUUGUGCUUGGCUUGAACCCCGCUGUACUUGAAUUCGUUUCAGCAUCCCAUACACUAGCUUCUUAUGGCACAUGCAUGUUCAUGUGUGAGCUUCACUUCAGUUUGUUCGCAAUCAAGCGUUUUAUGCCCCCCCCCCCGGAGCCUUAAACUGCAACACUGUUGAAGUUUUUCAAACUGACGGAGCUCAGAGAGCACGUACACACACACGUCACACACACACACACA